AUGGAUUCCCCUCAGCAGAUUACUUUGAAGCUGUUUUUACAAGAUUUGAAUCAGCAUCUUAUUACUACUUUGGUAUAUGCUAAAUGUAGUGCUUCUGAAAGGCUAGAGUUGUGGGAGGAUAUCUAUCAUCUUUCCAAUACCUUAUCUUGUUCCUGGUUAAUAGGAGGAGACUUCAAUGUGGUUCUGAAUGAUGAAGAAAAUAUAGGGGGAAAUCCUAUUCAACCUCAGGAUAUAGAAGACUUUGCUUUUUGCAUAAACUCCUAUGAUAUUGAAGAGGUAAACUUUAAGGGUAGUCCCUUCACUUGGUGGAAUGGUAGAGCAGAUGAAGCAUGUAUUUUUGAGAGAUUGGAUAGGAUGUUGGUGAAUUCACUGCUUCUGGACAACUUUGGAAGUAUUGAAGUGGAACAUCUUGCAAGAACUGGAUCAGAUCAUGCUCCACUUCUGUGUACCUAUGGUGAUAAGAAUCAGAAUCUAGUCAGACCUUUUAAAUUUCUAUCAUUCUGGAUAGAACAUGUAUCUUUCUUGGAUAAAGUCAAGCUGAAUUGGUCCACUUGGGAGCUUGAUGAUCCUUUCAUAAACUUCAAAAGCAAGAUGAAAAAACCGAAAGGAGUGUUAUCUAAAUGGAGCAGGGAAGUGUUUGGUGAUAUAUUCAAAAAUGAUCUUCUUUGUCAAAUGCCUAGUGUUGAUGAAGUCAAAAAAACUGUUUUCAACCUUAGUGGAUCAAGUGCUAGUGGACCUGAUGUUUUUCCUGGAAUUUUCUAUCAGAUAUGUUGGGACAUUAUUAGCUUGGAUGUAUACAAGAUAGUGGUGUCUUUCUUUCAGGGUCAUACUCUUCCAAAAUUGAUUUCUAUUAAUCUAGCAGAUUUUGUUCAAGGGAGAAGCAUUAUUGAGAAUGUGCUAUUGGCACAAGAAAUAGUGACAGACAUCAGAAAAAGGGGCAAACCAACAAAUGUAGUAAUCAAAUUGGACAUGGCAAAUGCCUAUGAUAGAGUAUCUUGGUCAUAUUUGAUAAAGGUACUCAGCAGAAUGGGAUUUGCUAGUCAAUUCAUUGACAUGAUUUGGAGGUUGAUUGCAAAUAACUGGUAUUCCAUCCUUUUCAAUGGUCAGGCCAAAGGAUUUUUCCAUUCAACCAGGGGUGUCAAAAAAGGUGAUCCACUUUCACCUGCAUUGUUCAUCUUAUCAACAGAGGUGUUAUCAAGAGCUCUAAAUGCAGAAUUUGACAAUGCUGAGUAUGUGGGCUAUGGCAUGCCUAAAUUGAGUAAAAAUAUCAAUCAUCUGGCUUAUGCAGAUGAUACUAUUAUAUUUGCAUCUGUAGAAGGGGAGUCAUUGAAGAGAAUUAUGAAGAUACUGCAGGAGUAUGAGGCAAUUUCAGGUCAGUUGAUCAAUAAAGGCAAGAGUGCCUUUUAUAUGCAUCACAUGAUUUCUGGUGCACUGUCUCAGCAGGUGGAGCAGAUUACAGGCUUUAAACGGGACCAAUUUCCAUUAAAAUACUUGGGAUGUCCUAUAUUUCAUUCAAGGAGGAAAAAGGCAUAUUACAGUGACCUUAUCAAGAAGGUGAAAAAUAAGCUGCAAAAUUGGAAAGGAAAAUUUCUCUCUUUUGGUGGAAAAGCAGUUCUUAUCAAUAGUGUGCUUCAGAGUAUUCCAAUAUACAUGCUGUCAGCUGUUGUUCCCACAAAAUAUACCAUUAAUGAGCUUCAUAAAAUCUUUUCAAGGUUUUACUGGAGUACUAAGGAAGAAGGUAAAAGCAGGCACUGGUUCUCUUGGGACAAGGUUUGUUUACCAAAAGAAGAAGCAGGAUUAGGAUUCAGAUCUCUAGAUGAUGUGUCUAAGGACCUUUUUGUCAAAUUAUGGUGGAAAUUUAGAACAUCAAAUACAUUAUGGUCAGCCUUUAUGUGGAAUAAAUAUUGCAAGAAGAAGAAGCCUACAGAAGUGCAGUGGAAAGGUGGAUCACAAGUAUGGAAAAGAAUGAUAGAAGCAAGGGAUCAGAUGGAUCAACAGAUAUGGUGGGAACCUAGAAAUGGAGCAUGUGAUGUAAUACCACCAGAUUUUCAGAUUGACACCAGCAUUGAAGAAGUAUCACACUUUAUGAAUGCAGAAGGCUGGGAUGUACAGAAAUUGCAUGACAAAUUGCCAAGUAAUGUAUGUGAUCAUAUCCUACAAGAGUUGAGUAUAGUGGAGCAUUCAAUGGAGAAAGAUAAAGCCUGGUGGAUGGCUUGUACUACAGGAGAUUUCACUGUAGGGAGUGCUUGGAAUUUGCUCAGGAAAAAGGCUCAAACAUCAGCUCACUUUUCAAAGUUGUGGUUCAAAGGAAUUCCAUUCAAAAUAUCAUUCUUCCUUUGGAGAUUGUGGAAGUUCAAAAUACCAGUGGAUGAUGUACUAAAGAGAAUGAAUAUCAGCAUUGUAUCUAGAUGUAGAUGCUGUCUGAACCCUCAUCAGGAGGAGACAGUUCAACAUUUAUUCCUAACAGGUGAAUUUGCAGCAGAAAUUUGGCAACAUUACAAUGCUGCUGUGGGGAUAAUUGUGCAAGGAUUCAGAUUCAUCAGACAAUAG